AUGGUGCUUUUUUCUGAAAGCAAACGUCGCCCAUCGCCGCCGCCCCCCUCGCCAUGUCUGCCCGGCCGACCGCCGACGCCGCCGCUGCCGCCGUCCUCGCCCCCUAGUCGCCCCCGACCCAGUCACCAUGCGCCUACCGCAGCAGGACCUCACGUAGGCGGCGGCGCCACUACCACCACCGCACCACCACCACCACAGCACCACCGCACCUCCGCACCACCAGCGACUAAUCUCCAUUGCAGCGGAGUUGGUCUGGUCCCGCCCCCGCCCCCGCGCUCUCCCCCUGCACCCCACUCCCCCCCCCUCGCCGCCGAUCGCGCCGCGCCCCCCGUCAGAGGCGCCGGGCCAGUGGUGUGUCGCGCGUGUGCGGCCGAGCAUGUUGGGGCCGCGUCGCAUUGGGGCUGUGGAGCGUCGUGCCUGCGCUGGCUGCGCCUGCGAUGGCGCCGGCGACUCCGCGCCCCUCCGCCUGCGGCCUUCGCCUUCGCCGGGCCUCACCACCCGCCCCCCGCCCCACCCCCGCCCCUCGGACCUGCUGCCUGCGCGCCCUGCUCGCCCGCUUCGCCACAGUCGAUAAAGGAGAUGCUACGUGCCUCUUUCCGAAGCGCAGUGCCCGUAAGUGUCAUGGUCUUCGGCGCCCUCUCCCCUAUCUUUGCCGAGGAUGCUGCUGUAAAUUGAUCUGAAGAGUUGCCGUCUUAUCAUCAACAAUGUCAGGAACCCUCUCACCAACUGUCAGAAUUGGAAGCACGUCCUACUCAAAGUCCUGAGCCCAGCGCACCUACAACAGCCUACUGGUUACGGGAUCAGCUCCCUCCACCAGCAGCCAGCUAG